UCAAGCCGCUCUUGCGUCACUCGGCUGCGCCGGAAGUCGGGGUGUGCAGGAUCCGGGAGGAGCUUUUGACGGCUCGCUGCCUCUGCGUUGGGGGAUCCUGGCCGCCAUGGUGUCAGACGAAGAUGAAUUGAAUCUUUUAGUUAUCGUCGUUGAUACCAACCCAAUUUGGUGGGGAAAGCAAGCCUUAAAGGAGUCUCAGUUUACUUUAUCAAAAUGCAUAGAUGCUGUGAUGGUGCUGGGAAAUUCUCAUUUAUUCAUGAAUCGUUCCAACAAACUUGCUGUGAUAGCAAGUCACAUUCAAGAAAGUCGAUUCUUAUAUCCUGGAAAGAAUGGCAAACUUGGAGACUUUUUUGGAGAUCCUGGCAACCCUUCUGAAUUCAGCCCCUCAGGGAGCAAGGAUGGGAAAUAUGAGCUAUUCACAGCAGCGAAUGAAGUUAUUGUCGAAGAGAUUAAAGAUCUCAUGAUCAAGAGUGACAUAAAGGGUCAACAUACAGAAACUCUGCUGGCAGGAUCCCUUGCCAAAGCUCUUUGCUACAUUCAUAGAAUGAACAAAGAGGUUAAAGAUAAUCAGGAAAUGAAAUCAAGGAUUUUGGUGAUUAAGGCUGCGGAAGACAGUGCACUGCAGUAUAUGAAUUUCAUGAAUGUCAUCUUUGCAGCACAGAAGCAGAAUAUUUUGAUUGAUGCCUGUGUUUUAGACUCGGAUUCAGGACUCCUCCAGCAGGCCUGUGACAUCACGGGGGGACUAUAUUUGAAGGUGCCUCAGAUGCCCUCCCUUCUGCAGUAUUUACUGUGGGUUUUUCUUCCUGAUCAAGAUCAAAGAUCUCAGCUAAUCCUCCCACCCCCAAUUCAUGUGGACUACCGGGCUGCCUGCUUCUGUCAUCGAAAUCUUAUUGAAAUUGGCUAUGUCUGUUCUGUGUGCUUGUCAAUAUUCUGCAACUUCAGUCCCAUCUGCACAACGUGCGAGACAGCCUUUAAGAUUUCUCUGCCUCCGGUGCUCAAGGCCAAGAAAAAGAAACUGAAAGUGUCCGUGUGAUCAUAAGAUUCCUGCGCCCCUAGAGCCUAUUACUAGGAAUUGUGUGGUGGGAUCUGUGUUUGGAGGCCCUGAAAAAAUACAGUGCAUAUGAAAUAAUUUUGAAUGAAGUUUCUUACAGAAAAGAUUUCUAGACCAUUAUCCUCAUGCUGUGCUUUUGGGGCACUGUGUUAUUUGAGGGAAUCAAUCUAUGCAAUCUUUUCAGACUGGUUUUUGCCCACAGAAGAAGAAAGCACAAAUUAGUGAGAUUUUUUUUUUUUUUUAAUAAUGGGGUGAUCAUUUGUCAGCUUGGCCUGCCUGAUUACCGGCUUUAGACUCUUACCCGUCUCUGUUGGGUUCUGCCUGUGAAAUGUAUGACCAGUGAAAUUUGAGCGCAGUUUUGGAAAAAGCAAACAAGCGACCAUGCAGUAACAGCAUUAACCAAGACAGACCAUCUUCCUUGAACCAACAACUGAAUUUGACAAUAGUCAUGUCAAUAAAAUCUGUAUUGUCUAAGUUGAGAUUUGGCUUCAUAGACUAGCAGGUAGUUUUGCUUUUGCCUGACAUCACUGAUAUCCCAUGUGUGUCUGGACACAGUCAUCCACUUAUUAACUGUUUGUCAAUCAGUACAAAGUCUGAUGUUAAGCGAGGGAGGAGGGGGGUGCAGUACUCUGGCAGCAACUUUUUCUUCAGAGAUAGUUGUGUGAAGAGCUUAUACGUGAAAGCCAGUGUCUGGGUUUGGAGGGGGAAUUUCUUGGUGGAGAAUUGAUUCUUUAUAGUUCAGUGUUGUCCCCCAGAUAGAGUUCUCUCCUUUUGUAAUGAGGGGGAAAAAAGCAUUAAUGUUGGAGAACUAUUCUCUAGAAGCUUUGGAUUUACUACUGACAAGUGCUAUAGGUUGAAAAGAAAAAUUAUUUGUAAUUUGAACAAGAAAAAACUUAUUUUUGUAUGUAACUUUGAAAAUAUUAGAAGUCUUUUUAAAUUCCAGUACAGUGUAUGGAGGGUUUUCAGGAAUGGUGGCUGGUUUGGUUUGUUUUUAAACGUAUAUUGAUAAAAACAAACAUUCGUAUAUUGACAAAAAUCCAUUUGUGUCCACAACCUUGUAUGUAAAUAAGAUUUUAAUUUUCUCUUUAUACCGUCUCAGAAGCUGAGUCUCAUUUAAAUAAUUUGUUAUUUGGCUAGAUGAUUUCAGGUAGAUUUUGUACUUUGUGGAUUUAUAAUUUUGUUAAAUACACACAGGUUUUGGUGGUCACUUGGGAAA